AUGGAUCGACAACAGUUUAAAGAAACAAAAAAGAUCCUCGAGCACUCCCCACAAUGCAAAAACUCAGGGUCAAGAGCCUUCAAAAACACAGCUUCUUCUAUAAAUGAAGAAGACAGCAGCCCUCCCUUUGGCUCUGAAGAUGAAAUUUUUGAUUCUUUUAGCAUCAUGGGGUCAAUCAGUGAAGGUGUCCAAGUCCAAAAGGUCCCUAAAGUCGAAAUGAGCCCGAAAAUUAUUAAAGUCGAAGCUGCACCUCUUGAUGCGCAUUUAGAGAAGCGCUUAUACGACUUCUUCAGAGACCCAUCACAAGAUGAUUUCGUUGGCAAGCUUUCUGACCUUGAUAAAUCGAGCGAAACUACAGAGCCAACCCAGGAGGGGAACGAAAGGAUGAACCAAGCUCUAUGAGACGCAGCUGAAGCAAAUCAAUAUGAAACCUGCAGAAUGCUCAUGGACAAGCAUCUUCAUGGAGAUAUAGUGGCCGAUGUUAAUAGCCACAUGGCAGGUGGACUUACAGCCCUUCAUAUAGCUGCACUCAAAGGGCACGUCAAAGUAUGCGAAACACUAUUGGAUUAUGGAGACAGCACAGAUUUAAACUCACAAGAUGCCUCAUUGAGGACUCCUUUACAUUUGGCAUGCAUGCACGCAAAGCUGCAAGUGGCUCAGCUACUAGUCAGGUCAGGAGCUUUUUUAAAUGCAGUCGACAUUGAUGGGAACACGCCUUUGCAUUAUGCAGUUUUGACUGAAGAUAAAGACUUCCUCCAUUGAAUUUUGUGCAGGUUCCCAGACUUGAACUUAAAAAACAACCAAGGGAAAACUGCUUUAGAAAUGACAGACAAAAUCAGUAUCCACGAAAUGGCAGAAAAGAAGCGGUCACCACCUCCGCUGAUUGAUAUGACCCCUCAGAGAAUAAAAAUCAGGAACUCAAUAGACGAAAUAGCUGACUUUAUGAUGCAAAGGGUUUCUAAUGUAAAAUGCCCUUUUAGCAUCCCAGAAACCCCACAUCCAGAAAAGAAAAGGAUUUCUCCACUUGAUUUUCAAGCAAUACAACAAAUUGGAAAAGGCAGUUUUGGAGAAGUUUUUUUAGUAGAAAAGAAAGACACCCAUGAACAAUUUGCAAUGAAAAUCUUGAGGAAAAAUAAAGUAAUGGGGCAGAAUAUUGUGAAAUAUGCUAUGACUGAGAGAAAUGUCCUGAGCUAUAUGAAGCAUCCAUUUAUUGUAGGGCUAAAAUAUGCAUUUCAAACCCAAAAUAAGCUUUUUUUAAUAUUGGAUUAUUGCCCAGGAGGGGAUUUAGGAUCCCAUAUAGCUAGAGAAAAAAGGUUCAGUGAAACUAGGGCAAGAAUUUACCUUUGUGAAAUUUUGGUAGCAUUAGAAGAGCUGCAUAAGCGAGAUAUCAUUUUUAGAGACUUAAAGCCAGAUAAUGUCGUUUUAGACUCAGAAGGCCACGCAAUGUUAACGGAUUUUGGGUUGUCUAAAGAAGGGGUCUUAGAUAACUUCUCAGCAAAAUCCUUUUGUGGAUCUGUCGCAUACUUAGCCCCAGAAAUGCUAAAGCGACAAGGCCAUGGCAAAGCUGUUGACUGGUAUUUAUUAGGAGUUUUACUAUAUGAAAUGCUGGUAGGAAUCCCGCCUUAUUUUUCUCACAAUAAAGACCAACUUUUCCAUAAUAUCCAGCAUUCGACAUUAAAAAUCCCUACAAGUCUGAGCCCAGAUGCUAAAAGUCUGAUGAAAGGCUUAUUACAAAGAGAACCAUCUAAAAGGCUAGGAAGCCGACGAGAUGCUGAAGAAAUCAAAGAGCAUCAUUUCUUUUAUGGGAUAAACUGGGACUCAGUUAUGAGAAGGGAGUUGAGGCCACCACGGCCUCCUAAGCCAAUUAUGGUCCAUGGGACUGUUUCUCAAGAAAGGGUAGUGGCUGCAGAAAGCUUGGUGAAUAAUGAGACCACCCACUUGACUGGCUGGACAUUUAUAUCUGAAUAA